ACGAAAAAAAAAACAAAUGUGUUAUGGUUCUUACGAAUUUGCGAUAAUCGUAAGCCGAAAUACAGAACUUAUUUAAAUAAAAAUGUCUUCGCUAUUGCAUUUAAACAUGCAAGAUCCUAAUUGCUACGCUCUAAUAUGUAUUUGCUGCGCCUCACAAAGUCCCGUUCUAAUUAACAUGAGUACAUGUAAACAUACACAUUUUUUAACAAAUUACUUAAAAUUAGAGCUUGAACUGAAAAAGAUGUACAUCUGCAAUUUAUGCCAUAGUAUGCUGAAAAAGAUUGAGAUAUUUAAACAACAGGUUGAGGACAGCAUGGCUUUGCUUCUAAAUCAGGCCCCCAUACUGAAAAUAAAUAAACUACACAACAUGCAAAUACUACCAGUAAAAUCCUUCACACAUCUCACCGUAAUAGAAGUGCAGAAAGACAUCAAAAUAGAACCGAUUACGGACCAUGUAUCAGACAACGAAGAAAUGAAAAACGAAGUGGAAUCAUCAGACAACGACACUGAAGUACCUCUAUCAGUUUUGCAAAGUAAUAAGAGAAGAACAAAGAAAGAUACGCUAUAUGAAGGACAGAUUCAAACGGUAUAUUUGACUGAAGAAGAUUUGAGGAUUGAGAGAGAGAAAAUGUUAGCCGAUGAGAAAUAUUUGAAAUUGCCAUAUAAGUGUGAACUAUGUAUUGUGGCUUUUGACCAUGAAUUGACGCUGAAGAAUCAUAAUGAAGGAAGGCAUUAUAAGGACGUAGAUGGUUUCGAGUGUAAUGUAUGUAAAUCCACGUUGAGUACGAAAGUUUCUUUCAAAGAACAUGUACAGAGACAUUUUAGACGGCACGAGUGCAUGGUGUGUCACAAACGCUACCACCAUAUGAGUUCUGCGAUCCAACAUUAUGUGGAACAACAUGCCGAUGGUGAUAUACCACUCUUCUCUUGUAAGAAAUGUGACUAUACUGCCAGUACCCGUCGAGCCUACCGCUAUCAUCUGGACAAACAUAAAGCGAAGCCUUCCUGCAAGAUAUGUGGCAACCAGUUUGUGAACAGCAACGGCUUGAAAGUUCAUAUGUACACAGUACAUGAGCAAUCGUCACGUAAAUACAAAUGUGAGGAGUGUAACAAGCAAUAUAGGGCUCGUUCAGGACUCGAAGCCCAUCGAAAGUCGGUCCACGCUACAUCGGACAACAGGGCAUUCUGUGUACCAUGCAAGACUUACUUCAAGAACAGAAAUACUCUCAACCAUCAUAUGCGUACGCAUUCCAAACAUAUCGACGAGAAUGAUAAGCGACUUAUUUGCAAUGAAUGUGGUGCGAAGUUUCUAACCAAAGGCAGUUUGCAAGUACAUAUAAAUUGGGAACAUUUGAAGAUAGCUCAUAAAUGUACACAAUGUUCUAAGGUUUUCAAGAACAACUACACGUUGAGUCGCCACGUAAUGUAUGUGCAUGACAAGCAGCGCCCGCCGAAGAACAAGAUAUGUGAUUACUGUGGAAGGGGGUUCACUACUGUAACGAUCCUCAGGUCCCACAUUAGGACCCACACGGGAGAGAGGCCCCUACAGUGUAGACACUGUACCGCUACAUUUGCGCACCCUGCCGCCUUGUAUACUCAUAAAAAGUUACUGCAUUCUGGGAAUAAAUAGUUAUGUAAGGAGCUUUAGGGAACAGAGUGUAAAGUUCCCUAAGAAAAGAAGGAUCCUCCGACCAGGCGAGGUGAUCAUGCCUGGCGGGCUUUCUGCCCAACUGUUGUUGGUUGGGAUUUUCUAUCCGUGUUAAUUCGCAUGUAAACUUCACAUGUGCGAUGCAGGAUAUUUGUGAAGUCAUCCGUUGAUUUGCUCGUCGAUAGUCUAUGUGCGACUUCUGUCAUCUGUCACUUGUUACUUGUCAAUGUGUCGCCACAGAGCUUUAAACGUAUCUGCCACCGGCUUUAAUGGAAGCUCGUGUUGUGUUUGAAUAAUUUUGGCUUUAACUUUGAAUACUUACCGCGAAGGAGGGACCAGGUAAGAAAAUAAAGAUAGAUUCAGUACAGAGACAGUAGCUAUUGUUAUACAAAAUUGUACGCUUUGUAACGAAGCCAUAUCUUCUGCAACCAUUCGUGGACUCAGUAGCCGACCAAUGGUUACUGUCUCUGUACUGAAUCAAUCUUUGUUUUCUUACCUGCAUACUAAACAAAUUGACUAACUGAAGAAACAUGAAACUUAAGUUGAAGAUUGGUUGCUAUCACUUUUGGAAUAAGUAGAGGGCACUACUGUCGAGUUAUGUCCUUGUCAAUCCAUAAAUAUUGUAAUUUGAAAAAUAUUAAUACCCUUUAAGGUGCUUUUCCAUCAGAGAUGUGCUAUGUAGCUAUGCUACGAAGAUGUAAUAGUUAGUUAGGCUGUGAAACUAUGUGACCGUUUCCACUGAUACUAAGCUAUGUAGCUGUUCGAAGAUGCGCAGCUCGAGUGUGCGAUGUACUUAUCGAUAGUAGGGAAGACAUCCAUAGCACGCAUGUUUUAAUAUAAAAAACAUAGCUUUUAACCAGUGCUAAGCUAUGUUUACCAAUAAAUAUGAUUGGUGAAAGCCAAACGCAUCCACAGCAACGUAGCAUAGCACAUCUCUGGUGGAAAAGCAGUCUUACUUUGUACAGUACUAUAAAUGAAUGAUUUAUAUAUUGACUAGGUUAACACAUAAGAUAAUAUACAAUGUGAUAGGGGUGAGACUUCUAACCCGUUAAGGCUGAGUACUACAUCUAAUCUUAUUAGCUAAGGUUUGUCGAUUUUUUUUUUUGUUUCUUCGACGCAUACAACCUUUGAUAUCAUAUAAAGUACAAAAAAUAUUAAAAUAGCCAUAAUUUUCAGGGGGAGGGGGUUCAAGCCCCCAUAUUAUUAUUUUUGUCGAUAAAAUUAGAUGGAGUACUCAGCCUUAACGGGUUAGAAGUCCCACCCCUAUCACAUUGUAUAAGGCUGAAUAUUACUUUAUGUAAUUUUAAUCGAAUAAAACGAUUAUUUAAGUUUUACAA